AUGUCGAAAUCGUCGUCAACGGAAAUUACGGUUGACAAAUGGAACGGUUCGGCUGUAAAAAACGCUCUUGAUGAUGCUGCGAAAGAGGUAUUAUCACAACAAUUCGAAUUGGUCGAAAACCACUCACUUUUUGACGGACGGUUAAUUCUGUGUACGCUCUCGGUACUUAUCGCCGGUUUUGGGGUCUUGUGGGACUACUUACACCCACAUCCAGAGUCUAGAAUGGUAUUGAUUAUCUGCGUUGGUGCGUAUUUCGUGUUAUCAGGUAUCAUUACAUGUUAUGUAAUGUUCGUGGAGAAAAAUAUAUUUUACGUGGGUAAAAAAGUUGAUCCCACCGGUUUGGACCCACCAGAUGUUUGGAAGUUAUCGUCGCAAGUGCGGAGGUAUAAUUUGACUCUGGUAAUAACCGAUGGCACAAGUGGAAAAACAAAGACGGCGGUUAUGAAUCGUCGGUUUGAUGAAUUUUUCGAUGUAAAAGGAAAGCUGCGCAUUGACCUCUACAGCCCCGCUGUGCUUAGACUGAGUUCCGAUAUUCUGGAUAAGAAGAAAUGA